CUGAGGGGCGCUCAAACCACCCUGUAUGCGCGCGCGCGCGCUAUGCCAACAGUUUGACAGAGUUGGCAAAAGUAAAGGGCUCAAGCAGAAGCUGGGCCUGGAUGGGAGCGGAGAGGGGAGGGGCUUCAGAGGUCAGGCGCGUGUCUCAUAUCUUCUUAGUUAAUUCCCAAGGCCCGAAUUCCGCGCGCCCCAGAGGCCCCGCCCUCUCCGAUGCGUUUCCCCAUUGAGUCUUUUUCAUUUCAUCGCCCAGACCCCACUGAGUGGUGAUCUGGAAGGGUAUAAAAAGAACUCGGCGCGAACACCUUCCUUUCUCGAUUACUUAUCGAAUUUUCCCGGGUUUCAGGGAGAGGAGGUGGAGAGGUGGGGUUUGUAAGGGUGGGUGGAUCGGUCGCGCCCCGGAUUGGUCUAUUAUACGGAUGCUACAGCGCUUGCGUGUCGCGAUUCCCUCUCCAUUCCGGAAGAAGUACGCGGGAAAGAAUGGAUGGCAGGAGAAGGAAUCUGGAACCCCCAUCCACUUUUGGGAUGCUCCAUUCUUCAGGUCUCAGUGGGCUCAUGCCUCCAUCUCAUUUCCAAACACGGCCCCCUCCAGGCAUGUCCAGGAUCACCUCUGUCCAGUCCCCCCCCUUACCCCUAGUCCUGCCUUCAUCCCAUCUUGGUCAUUAUAAGAGUGACCAUAGAUGGGAGCAGAAUAGACUACAGAUUUUGAGAGAACAAGAUGGGGCAGGUGAUAGUGAUGAUCCCAAAAGAAGGACCAGGUCCCUGGACCAUGUGGGGCCACAGAGCUUGAAUUCCCAGACUGAGUUGGUCUCUCAGCAACUGGAAGAGAUUUGGAGACUUGAGAAGGAGAGCCAGGCCUUGAGGUUGGCUUCAGUCCAUCAGAAGACUCGACUGGCAACUCAAGCUGAGGAGCUUGAAGUUUUGGGACAGGCAGAGCAAGCUAUGCAGGUUGAAAUAGAGGAACUUCGUGCUGCCUUGGCUGGGGCAGAGCUCAUUCGGCAGAAAUUGGAAGAAGGAAACAAAAGAGAGCUGGAAGAGACUCAAAAGCUGCACAAGGAACAGAUCUCCCACAUGACCACAGCUCAUCAGGAAGCUCUUGCUGCCCUGGCCAACAAGACCCAUGAGUUGGAGGAGAAAGUGAAGACCAUGGAAUCUAAGAGGGAAGAAGAGACCAAGGAGUUGGCUGUUGUACAGAGGGAGGCUAGGAUGUUAAGGGAGGAACUAAGUAAGACUCAUGCAGAACUCAAUACCCAGGUGGCUCUUGUUGACCAGCUUAGGAAGUAUGUAGGGGAUCAAAUAUCACCAGAAAGCAAGAACCAGAUGUGGGAACAGGAGCGGAAGCAGCUACUAGAAACUGUGCAGCAUUUGCAGGAAGAUCGGGACGCCUUAUGUGCCACUUUGGAGUUGCUACAAGUUCGAGUGCAGAGCCUCCAGGACAUCCUUGUCCUUCAGGAAGAAGAACUGGGUUGGAAGGUCCAGCCUACAGACCCCCUAAAUUCUGAGUCAGCCAAGAAGGCUCAGGCCCUGCUGAACCGUUGGAGGGAAAAAGUGUUUGCCUUGAUGGUGCAGCUGAAAGCCCAGGAGUUGGAACAUACUCAACAUACUCAAAAGCUUAAAGGAAAGGUGGCAGAACUUGAAGGUGAGGUAGCAUCCUGGGGUCAAGAAUCAACUAUCUUGCAUCGAUCCCUCCAGGACAAAGCUGCUGAAGUGGAGGUAGAAAGAGUUAACAACAAGGUCCUUCAGGGGGAGCUGAGUCGAGCCCAGGAUGCUAGGCUGUGGCAGCAGCAACAGACAGAGACAGCUGAGGAGCAUAUGAAGCUUGUGGCUAAUGCUGUGAGCAGUUCUCAUAACUGGCUACAGGAUCGGGUAGCUAAGGUGGCAGAAGCUGUAGCUCAACUUCCUAGCCUCAACAACCGACUUGGCUAUGCUUCCCGACAGGUCCGUACUAUUCAAGGCCUUGUGGCUCGGAAAAUAGCACUUGCACAGCUGCAUCAGAAACAGAGCCCUCCACCUCCACCAUCUGAAGAAAUGGGACUUGAGUUACAGCAGCUAAGAGAAGAAAGGAAUCGCUUAGAUGAAGAGCUACAGCUGAGUGCCCGCCUUAUCCAACAGGAAGUUGGCCGGGCCCGGGAACAAGGAGAGGCAGAGCGGAUUCGGUUGAGUGAGGAGGCCCGGCAGUUGGAGCAGGAGCUGCAAAAAACCCAGGAAUCUUUGGUUGAGGUCGGGAUUCAGUUGAAGGCAGCUCGACUGAGCCAGAGGGAGAGCACAGAAGAGGCUGCUUGCCUUCGGCGGGAACUAACUCAGCAGCAAGAGACCUAUGGGAAAGACUUACAAGAGAAGGUAGCUGAAGUGGAGUCAAGGCUUCGGGAACAGCUUUUAGAGAUGGAGAGAAGACUGAAUGAAGCUCGGAGGGAACAUGCUAAAGCUGUAGUUUCCUUGCACCAGGCCCAGUGCCAAGCUGCCCGAGACAAGGAACGUAGCCAGGAACUGGGACGCCUACAAGAGGAAGCUCAGAGGGAAGAAGGAUUCCGAUUGAGGCAGAGGCUUCAGGAGCUGGAACGAGACAAAAACCUAAUGUUGGCCACUCUAAAGCAGGAGGGUCUCCUUUCCCAAUAUAAACAACAGCGAUUGUUUGCAAUUCUUCCUCCUCUAUCACUGGAACCUGGUUCUGAAAUUCUGCAUCCCACCAAGCAACUUUUGAAAGGAUCCUAUCUCUCUGCAUUGCUGGAAAAUCUGCAGGAAAUGAGUGAGGUUAUCACUCGGGAAGAGGAGGGAGAUAAUGUGAAGUGCUCAAUUGUAGGAUCCUCCUCUUACCAGUUGUAAGCUGUAAAAGGGAACUUAACAUGUGGAGAAGGUAGCAAGUGUGGCCACCUGCUGGCUCUAAUCCUUGAGCUACAUCUGCCUUGGAGACUGAAUUUUCUUACAUCAAAUAAAGGAGGCUUUAAUAGGAUCUAUUAGUUUGGAAAUAUUGUCUCUAAAGAUUUAAGGAUGUCUUUCCAUAACCUCUCUUUGAUGCAAAUGCCUCUUUCCCCCUCUCCUAUGAAAUGUAAUUUUUUUCCUUUGUAACUUGCUUUCAAGAAUAAAAUUCUUUUCCAUAUCCUC